CCGUAUGUAGUCUAGACUAGUGAAUAGUUGUCACGACCUGACCCUGCGAUGCUCUCCUGCCCCGUCCAGUGUUCCGUCCGGUUCCCAGCUUCCCGAGCUGGACCCAUUUGCUUACCUAGUCCAGGUGCUGUCGUGCUUUGUAGAUCCGCUUGUUGUGUGACAUCCCCGCCAUCCCAUCCAUCUCUGGUUUCCUUUUCCCUCCAAAUUUCUCUACCGUUCAACAAACAAACUGACGACAUCCAUCCAAUUCUUCCCAAGUUUCCAUAACCAGAUCCGCUUAACGUCAAUUCUUUGAGAAAUCAAUUCACAAUGGUUAAAGCAGUUGCCGUCAUCCGUGGUGAUUCCACCGUCAAGGGCACCGUCACCUUCGAGCAAGCCGCCGAGGGUGCCGCCACCACCAUCACCUACGACAUCACUGGCAACGAUGCCAACGCCCAACGCGGCUUUCACGUCCACACCUUCGGUGAUAACACCAACGGCUGCACCAGCGCCGGUCCUCACUUCAACCCCUUCAACAAGACCCACGGCGCCCCCGUCGAUGAGGAACGCCACGUCGGCGAUCUCGGGAACGUCCAGACCGAUGCCCAGGGUAACGCGAAGGGCUCCAUCACCGAUGCGCUGGUGCAAUUGAUCGGCGCCACGAGCGUGAUCGGCGUAUGUUUUCCCGGCAUUGCAUCGUGACAUGAGGACGUGCUGAUUAGAGAAUUCGCAGCGUACCGUCGUCGUCCAUGCUGGCACUGAUGAUCUUGGAAAGGGCGGCUCGGAGGAGUCGAAGAAGACGGGGAAUGCUGGCCCGCGUCCGGCUUGUGGUAAGUAUCUUGUGGAGAGGUUAGUAGGUCAAUGGUGGCUAAUUUGUUGUAGGUGUCAUCGGCAUUGCGACCUAAAUGGUUGCUUGCCUCACCCGUCAAUGCAGGACAGAACUGUCCAUCCGAGGCAAUGGUGACAUGGAAGGUUGAUGCACAGCUUGGAAUCAGCAUGUGCAUGUGGAUAGCAGAACGAG